GACGUGGUCCUCCUAUGCGUCAGUAACUAGGAUUAGGUUGGGCUCGAGAGAAGGAACGGGAAGAACGAGGCCGACGAGAACUGGGAAGGCAUGGCGAUGGGGUUAGAGGACGGCGAGUACGGUGCCUUCAUGGAGAAAUUCAAGAUGCUGCCUUCGCAAUCUCAGCAUCAGCAGCAGCUCCCGCUUCACGGCCUCACCUUCGCUAUCAAAGACAUCUUCGACAUCGGCGGCCGUGUCACUGGGUUCGGCAACCCGGACUGGGCGAGGACGCAUGCCCCCGCCGGCGCCACCUCCCCCGUCGUCCUGGCGGCGCUGGCCGCCGGCGCCAUCAGCAUCGGCAAGACCGUCAUGGAUGAGAUGGCCUACAGCUGACGAGGCCACUGAGAUCCAGUUCAACUUUCACAGCAUAAAUGGGGAGAACGCGCACUAUGGCACGCCGACUAAUCCGUGCGCUCCUGAUAGAGUCCCUGGAGGAUCCUCCAGUGGAUCAGCUGUUGCAGUUGCUGCAAAACUCGUCGACUUCGCUCUGGGCACUGACACUGGAGGUAGUGUGAGGGUACCUGCUGCCUAUUGUGGCAUAUUUGGACUCAGGCCUUCCCAUGGAUUGGUUUCGACAGAAAAUGUCAUUCCAAUGUCACAGAUGUUUGACACUGUUGGAUGGUUUGCUAGAGAUUUAUCUAUGUUAUCUUGUGUAAGCAACGUGUUGUUGCCACUAGCUGCUGACAACACUAUCAAGCAACCAACUCAUGUUACAAUUCCUAAAGACUGUUUUGAAAUCUUAGGCUCUCUGAGUGACCAAACAUAUCAGAUUCUCAAUGCUUCGGUAGCUAAGAGAUUUGGUAACGAUGCAGUAGACAAUAGGAACCUUGGUGAGUUCGUCUCCGCCAAUGUUCCAACUGUUGGGAAAUUCAUUAGCGACUUCUCCAGAAGCGAAGCACCAUCUGUACCUGCUCUAUCUGUUAUUUCAUAUGUCAUGCGAUGCCUCCAAAGGUCUGAAUUCAAAGCUAACCAUGGAGAGUGGGUCAAAACUGUAAAACCUAACCUAGGCCCUGGCAUCCGAGAGCGGGUGCAUGAAGCCAUUGCAUCAGAAGAUGGACCCAUGGAGGAUUUUCAUGUUCUGAAGACUGAAUUCAAGUCGGCGCUUUCUGCUCUUAUCAAGGAUGAUGGGAUCCUUGCGAUACCGACAGUUCCUGGUUCUCCGCCAAAGCUGCGCAUGGAGGCUGUUGCAUUAGAAAACUUCCGCGCAAGAGCAUUUUCAUUGCUGUCCAUCGCCGGACUAUCUGGGUUUUGCCAGCUGAGCAUUCCACUUGGAGUGCGCCAUGGUGUUCCAGUGUCAGUCUCCCUAGUGGCAUGCCAUGGUGCGGACCGUUUCCUCCUGAGUGUGGCUCAGGAGCUGUAUGGGACGCUCAAACAGGAGACCAAGAAAGCCUGGAGCUGGAGUUCAUCAGACUCCUCUCUCUGAGCCAUCAAUCAUGAUUCAUAUGCAAAGUUCAGGUUCCACCGGCUCUCGCUCGCUCCGUGUCCUGCACGACUGCUUGUUGAUCUACUCUAGUAGAUGUCGAUGUGGCACAGGCGCACUCGAUCCAUGUGUACCGAGGAGACAAUAUGUUUUGCCACGUAGGCACAUACUACAAUUUGCUGUUUCUGUAUGCAUAUGGUGAUAGAGAGUGCCUACUACAAAUUCAGGCAUGUUGGAAAUUGGAUCUCUGGAUUUCAAUAUGACAGCAGCAAGUCCAAAAAUCGUGGAAUAGGAAUUUGUGUGUGAAUAAUUUGUGCAUAAAAGGGCACAGAAAACUGUUGAUAUCAGUAUAUGUGUGAGAAAUGGUGGAACUCAAAAGAAAAUUUGUUCAGAUACUCGAGUUUAACAUUUGGUACAUGUAAAAUAGUACAUCA